AUGACUUUGACUCAAGAAAAUCUCGUUUUCGCCGUCUUGAAAGGAUCUAAAGCCGGUGAUAUUAUUCAGUCCGAGACAAUCCGCGCACCACUAGCUUUGAUCAGGUUCUCGUUUCUAUCACUGUAUCUGGACUCUGUGGAGGAGAUCUCCUGUUCAAGGACAAUGACGUAUGUUGUUUCCAAAAUCCAGUAACAUGUGCUGACUACGUAUCUAUCUAGAUGGUCCUCGGCCACGAAGGUGUCGGCAUUGUCAGCGCUAUUGGCGCGGAGGUCACCAGACUCCAGAAGGGUGAUCGUGUAGGAUGGGGCUUUCUGCAAGAUACGUGUGGAAACUGUAUUCAAUGCCUUGAUGGAAGCGAGAUCUUUUGUCCUGACCGUAAGAUGUAUGGCCAUGCAGAUUUUGAGCAGGGAAGUUUGGCAUACGGCAUCGUCAAGAAAGAAAGCCGUCUCUUCAAGAUUCCCGAUGAGCUUUCAGAUGAAGAAGCUCCCCCCUUGAUGUGUGCCGGUGCAACGGUUCUCAGUGCUCUCAGCAACGUGAAGCCUACUGAUAGAGUAGGUGUUAUUGGCGUGGGUGGUCUGGGACAUUUGGCUAUUCAAUUUGCAUCCAGAAUGGGCUGCGAUGUGGUAGCUUUCACCAACAGCGAAACAAAAUCAUCCGACGCGCUUUCUUUCGGAGCGAGUGCAUGCUAUACUAUCCAGAACUUGCGAGAGACAAAAUCGGUCGAGGUCUGGACAUGGUGUUAGUGACAGCCCCCGCACAACCCGACUGGAGUCUCUACAUUCCUCUCCUAGCCCCUAGAGCUACCAUCUUUCCUCUCACUAUCGGGCCAGGAAAUAUCGCCUUGCCAGCUAUGCCAGUAUUGCUGAAUGGUGUUACAAUUCAAGGAAGUGCGGCAGCAUCACGGAAGGUUCACCUCCACAUGCUGGCCUUCGCCGCACAGCAUGGAGUUAAACCAAUGAUACAAAGGUUUUCGAUGAAUAAAGAGGGAAUCGAAGACGCUUUUAUUGCUUUGAAAGAGGGCAAAAUGAGAUAUCGUGGUGUGCUGGUUGUGCCCAUUGAGAAACGCUUAGCGUAG